CUGCAGAUUUUGCAUGAGAGUGCUGUUUGAUUACUACCUGUGAAUAUACCAAGGCAAAAGAGAACGGAAUGAAUUAUUGCAGAUUAGCUCUGCAUCUUAAUUGCUAGCAAGCACCUGCUAACACAACACAAUGCACUUGAGAGGAUGGAGAAUCUCUAUUUUUAUUGUACCUCGAACUUGAAAACCUACCAAGCACCCAGUGGUAUCUACAUAUCUAAGGCUCAGAUCACCUUUCAGAAUCAAGUUACAGGAUUUAAUCCAGGACUGAGUAUUAUUAGUAUGAACAAAAAUAGAUGAAAGAUAAAGCAAAAGAUUAUGAUGAUAAAGAGAUGGCAGGAGUCUCAGCAGUGCGCUUUGACAGGGCAAAUGACAAUAAAAUGAUGCCACCCAUAAAAACAGGAACGGAUUUUCUCGCUUCCUCUCACUUCCAAAUAUCACAGGAACCAUCUGUCACAGGUGGAGCCUUCAAAAGUAUAUUCAAGAAAGACUAUGUUCCACAUCCAUUUGAUGGGCGCCCAGGUGCAACUAAACCUCCAGCCCCUGCAGAUAUUAUGCACAAAGACAGUGGUCAUUUCUUUGAUAAAAUCUCUGAGACUAAACUAGCAUAUGAGGCAAAACACCUUAACAAACCUGAACUUAGAAAUCAACAUAAUGCUCUCAGUAAAACAAACUUCAAAAUGGACUCUGAUAGAACAAAAUUUUGUAACUUUGACACAACACAUGAUCUGGAAUUUCCUCCUAAAGUUGGACCUGGAUUCCAAAAAGCAGGACCAAAACAAAACCCGAUGGAGAGCUUUAUCCCACAAGGCGACAUAGGAAAAGCCCCUCAACCAAUUUCAGAUUAUAGAGAUCGCUACAGAGGACAUGAUGCAAAUGAGAAUAAAAUUGUUAAAGCUAAAUCUGACCAUUAUGAGGGACCACCAACUGUAAAGGGAGAUAACAGACUUCAUCACUUUGAUACAACACAUAAUGACAUCUACAGAGGGCAAUGGCAGCCAAAACUACCAGCAUUGCCAGCUCCCAUUGGCUCUAAUAUACCCCAAGGUGAUAUGGAUAGGGAGAAUGUCAAGAUGACGGAACAGCAGGAUUCCUACCCAGCAAGAGACCUCUCAAAGUUAGACCCUUACAACAAAGCUGCAACUAUGGGUCGACUGCAAAGAACAAAUUUCCGUCAAGAUGGUGGUCAUAAUGAAUGGGGGACAUACCAAAGUGAACAAAAAGAUCAAUACAGAGCACUAGGACCUAACAUUGACAGAAACAGACCUACCCAACACCGUAACCAUAGCGAUUUCCCAAUUGGUGAUUAUGAUCCCAAGCGCAUGACAGAUCAAGCAUCUUUGACAACUAAUCGGUUCUAUCAUGGGCACAUUCAACAAUAUGGAAGACCAAAGAUUGUCUCAGGAGCAAACAAGAGAACCAGUAGUAAUGUUUGGUUUGGGGAACCCACACAUAAUGACUUAUAUUAUCAGACAACAAUGAAUGAUAAAUAUACCCCCAAGUAUAAAGCACCUUAUAAAUCUCACAGGGACACGGACCAUUCAAAGAGUUCAAUUCCACUAGAUUACUAUGGCAACCUGCAGAAUACACCAACCACAUGGAGUGAUUUCCCUGACCCUAACCAAGGCAAACUCAUCCCCAACCCAGAGGCUAUAGAUAAUCUGAGACGCUCUCACAUACAACCACCAUUAGGAGGCGACAGGCAUUUUAGUACAGAACAUGUGGAUCAAUUCACUCCUAAGAAAACCAACCUCUACCAAGUGACAGAUGCUGGCAAACUGCAGAAAAGCUCAGUGCCAAUAGGAACACUCAAUAUAUAGACUAUCAAUGAAUAUUUCAGUAAUCAUGAAAAAUUAUUGGUAUUCCUCUUGCAAUGAGUAUUGUAGAGGAAGUUUCUGAUUUAAAGGCAUUUAUAAAUUCUGAACUUGCUAUUGAUAAAGCAUUUUAACAAAUAUAUGUAAUCAUGUUAAUUCAGGCUACUUAUCUGAUAUGAGUUUAUAUUUCAGUUUGUGAAAGGUGUCAGAUAUUUAGUUGUGACUUUAGUCUGAAAUAAAUUUCACUGAAUAUUUUCAAGGUCACAUUAUCAAUAUCAUGAUCAAUCUUGUUGGCAGAGUUAGACAGAGUUCAUAAUAAGAUCACUGCCUAUAAAUGCUAUAAAAGUACUCUGAUUGUUGAAGUUCAUUCUUCAAGUAUUUCUAGUAUUUAAUAUAGUUUUGACCAUUUUAAUUGUGAUAAUAAAUCAACCCAACACAAUGUUCAGUCCACUUCUCAUAUGCCAAUGUGUCUUCCGCAAACUGUUUAUAAAUAUGUGUGCAAUAAAAUAUGUACUUUCCGACACAUGUAAAUAAAUUAAACAGAAUAAAAAAUUAUAUUCACUAUAUAACAUUACUGUAAA